UUUUAUAAAUAUUUUCUUUGCUUUCUCUUGUCAACUAUUUCUAGUGCAUAACAUGUUUCCAUUGCUAUUUUUCUUCAUAUUUAACUCUAUUUCACUCUCCAAUUCUCUAAAUGAUGAAGGCCUUGCUCUUCUUUCCUUCAAAAAAUCCAUACAACAGAACUCUGCUGCUAGUUAUUUAGAUAACUGGAAUUCAUCAGAUACAACCCCAUGUUCAUGGCAUGGAAUUGAAUGCAGAUCAGAAAGAGUCAUUUCUCUUAGAAUUCCAGAAAAGGGCAUUUCUGGAUUUCUUCGUCUUGAUCCCGGGAAGCUCGUUGCGCUUCGUCAGGUUAAUCUCAGGAAUAAUAACCUCACUGGAAGCUUACCUGUCGAGCUUUUUAAUGCAACAGCUUUAACAAACUUAGUCCUGUCAGGAAAUUCAUUUUCUGGUUCAGUUCCUUCUGACAUAGGAAACCUGAAAGGCCUCAAGAUUCUCGAUCUUUCGCAGAAUUAUUUGGUUGGCUCGUUACCUUCAUCUCUUCUUCAUUGCAAGAAACUGCGACAACUUUAUCUGAACAGCAAUAAUUUCUCAGGUUUUUUACCUGACGGGUUCGGAUCCGAUUUGGUAAUGCUUCAGAAACUCGAUCUUUCCUUUAACAAGCUAAGUGGUUCCAUCCCCUUCGACUUUGGAAAUUUACGGAGCUUGACAGGCGUUCUUGACCUGUCUAACAAUCUUUUUAAUGGUACUAUUCCAGCAAGCCUCGAAAAGCUUUCUGAAUCAGUUUAUAUCAAUCUUUCCUACAAUAAUCUGAGUGGUCUCAUACCGCAAAAUGAUAUUCUACUAAGUGUAGGACCAACAGCUUUCAUAGGAAACCCUUUCUUAUGUGGACUUCCAUUGAAGUCCCCAUGCCCUAUGAAUCCAAAGCCUGUAGCAGAUGAUCCAGUUCAGACAAUUUACCGAAGCAGAAAAUCUAGUUGGAGUCGUUGUGUAGUGAUCGGAAUUAUUGCCAGUACAAUGUUGGGAAUUAGUCUCAUGGUUUUGCUGUUAUCUUACUGGUAUAAGUAUAAGAGAGGGUAUGUUUGUAAAAGCAGGAAACAUGUUGAGGGUUGUAAUUCUAACGAGAAAUCAUUGGUUCGAAAAGAAAUGUUCUGUUUCAGAACAGAUGAUUUGGAGUCUUUGACAGAAAAUAUGGAGCAAUACAUUUUCAUGACAUUAGAUUCACAAGUAAAAUUUGACCUUGAGCAACUUCUGAAAGCAUCUGCUUUUCUUCUGGGUAAAACCAGAGUAGGAAUUGUGUAUAAAGUUGUUAUCGAAAAGGGACCGACGGUUGCUGUUAGAAGAUUGGAAGACGGAGGCUCGCAGAGAUACAGAGAGUUUCAAACUGAAGUGGAAGCAAUUAGUAAGAUUAGGCAUCCAAAUAUCGUCGGUCUUCUAGCUUAUUGCUGGUGUAUCACUGAGAAGCUUCUGAUCUAUGAUUAUCUACCAAACGGUGACCUUGCCGCUGCAAUUCACGGAAGAACAGGAAUGAUAUAUUUUAAGCCUCUUUCUUGGUCCAUUCGUCUUAAAAUCAUGCGAGGAGUAGCGAAAGGAUUAACUUUCCUACACGAAUUCACCCCCAAAAGAUAUGUACACGGAAACUUAAAGCCUAGCAAUAUUCUUCUUGGAGAAAACUUGGAGCCAUGUAUCUCUGAUUUUGGGCUUGGCCGUCUAGCAAACACAACAGAAGAAUCAGCAUCAGUUUCUUCAGAACAAACAACAAAUGGAACGCCAUUACAGGGAUCGCCAUUUGCAUUCACACCAAUAAAUUCAAGUGCUGUAAUGUCCUACUAUGAAGCUCCUGAAGUUUCGCAAUCCUCCAAACCGUCACAAAAGUGGGAUGUUUAUUCAUUCGGAGUGAUUUUACUUGAGAUGAUUUCUGGAAAGUCUCCGGUUAUACAGACAAGUUCUUCGGAAAUGGGACUUGUGCAAUGGAUACAACUGAGUACUGAAGUGAAGCCACUGUCUGAUGUAAUAGACCCCUUCUUAGUUUAUGACACAGAUAAGAAAGAAGAAAUGGUUGCAGUACUCAAGAUUGCUUUAGCUUGCGUUCAUUUGAACCCUGAUAAGAGACCACCUAUGAGAAAUGUUAGUGAUUCCCUGGAAAAAUUGGCCUAAGCUCACCUAAAGGAUAUUAGCAUGUACACUAUAUUUUACAGUUGUAGACACGAUUAAAUAAUAUGACAGAAUGCCAAAUACGAUACAGAGUUUGGAUUUGAUAUAAA